AUGGAUGUAGAGUCUGCUUACAGCGAAUUUAUAACGUGUGACCGAACGGGGAGACGCAACGCAGUGCCUGACAUCAAGGGAGAAUGCAGCUCAACGGGGGUGAGAGACCUUUCAGAGGACAUAGGAGACCUGUCCAUUCAAGGAGCAGAAGGACAAGCAGAGGCAGCGUCUUCUGACACCGGGCAGGAGCAGAGCCCCAAAGCACAAAGAUGGUAG